GUGCCUCCUUCCCCCUCCCCUCGCCGGGUCCCGCUCCGCCUCACACAGCCGGGGGGAGGUGGUUGGCCCCGCCCCGCCGCGCGCCUUCAGCUCGAGCCGGAGCCGGAGCCGCCGCCGCGCGCCCGGGCCCCGCUGCCGUCGCCUCUCACGCCGGGCACCAUGCAGUUUAUGUUGCUUUUUAGUCGUCAGGGGAAGCUGAGACUUCAGAAGUGGUAUGUCCCAUUAUCUGACAAAGAGAAGAAGAAAAUCACCAGGGAACUUGUUCAAACCGUGUUAGCCCGUAAACCGAAAAUGUGCAGCUUCCUGGAGUGGAGAGACCUGAAGAUUGUCUACAAAAGAUAUGCAAGCCUUUAUUUCUGCUGUGCUAUUGAAGAUCAGGACAAUGAACUAAUAACCCUUGAAAUAAUUCAUCGUUAUGUGGAGCUGCUUGACAAGUAUUUUGGCAGUGUGUGUGAACUUGAUAUCAUCUUCAAUUUUGAAAAAGCCUAUUUUAUUCUUGAUGAGUUCCUUUUGGGAGGGGAAGUUCAAGAGACUUCCAAGAAAAAUGUUCUAAAAGCCAUUGAGCAGGCAGAUCUGUUACAGGAGGAAGCUGAGACCCCACGUAGCGUACUUGAAGAAAUUGGAUUGACAUAAAUCUUCUCCUCUGAUGACGUCUCAUGGUGUUUCAUACUGUAAAUGUUCACUGCCUUCAUUUUAAUGUUUAGCUGAUGGUGUGAGAUGCUGUUUGUCAGUAUUACUGUUUUGCUAAGCUGCUUCAUUCAAGCCUACAAGAAAAUAUUCAAUUUAAAAUGAGAAAAGGGAUAAAAAAUUUAAAAUAUCCAAAAAAGGACAAAUGAAAGGGAAUUCAAUGUACUAACUCAAGACACCUCUUUUCAGUGCAUUUAGAGAAAACCACUGGUAAUAACUUCAAUAAUUACACAGAUUUUAUAAUUCAGGAAACAUGCAUCGGCUUCUGUAUGACAUACCAUAUUUCACUGAAAGAAAACUACAUGUAAGAACUUCCAGUGAUGAAAUGUAACAGUGCAGAACUUGGUUUUAUGCAACCAAAGACUUAUUUGUUCAUCUGCAUUUUAAGUCAGCAUUUGUGAUUUUUUUUUCCAGUUAAUAUAAAAAGAUUGGGAAUAACUGUUUACUACUGAUUUUUUUUUAAAUUAUUAUUAUCAUACCAAAGAACCCUGUUAAAAUCUGCAUACUGAACUGACAGAAAUUGUAAAGGUGGCUUCGUUUUUAGCAAGAGACCUGCAAGCAGAUUAAUUAAUACGACACAAUAGUAUGAAGACUUUAAACAAAACAGUACAUGAGUUCAUGUGUUACAAAGGGAAUGCACAUUGUAGGAAAUUUCCUUUUUGAAACACUAUUUUUAUGUGCUUUUUGGCUUACACUCUGGACUUAUAUCUAUGGUACGCUUUACCAUUCUCACUGCGCAGAUGAGGAAGUGCAUAAUGUGAAAUGGAGUGUUUUGAGAUCAUGAAAGGAGGGGAAAAGUCAAUGUCCAAUUUAAGUUCUUAUUUUGGUCCCCAGAAACGAGACUCUUAUUUUUUUUUCUUUCUUCAUUUUACUGGUAUCCUGUGGUUAUGCUGACAUGGGAAUACGAGCACUGAUUAUUAAGGAAGUGUGACCAUCUUCAUUUAUUCAAUGUUUUCACUUGCACCUUUCAUACACAUGCCACACCUACUCUUCAACUACUACAUUUCAUCAAACAGUGGUGUACAUUAGAACCAAACUAAUUCAUUUAGAUCUUGUUGCAAAUGGAAUGUCAGUAUGUAAAUGAACAAAUGAUCAAGUAAAAUACACCAAAAUACAAUAUAUUUUGACAGUUCUAGGAGGGGUUGUAGCAUAUUCCACGUUUAAGUGUUUAAAGAUGAUGAGAUUUCAGUAUAGAACACUGUUGUGGCUGAGAGAUCAGUGCUAUUUUUUCUGAAAAUAUGUAUGAAUUAGCAAAGUUCUGCUGGAUGUACCCGCAGCGAUUACAAGCUGAGUGUGUGUGGUGUCGUCUUUAUUUUUGAGGGGGUGGAAAGACUAGAGGACUUGCAGUGGAAUUUGAAGUGGUCUUAGCUGCGUAAUAUUUCAGUUUGUGUUUGAAGCAAGCAAUGCCACACACUUCUAUUCAUUUCAAUUUAUACCAUCUACCAGACCCUGGCGUAUCAGAUCCGUGCAAGAUCAUAUUUGCCUAAGAUGCACAGGAGCUUAGUUUCACAUUGUAGUGACAUAAAAUGUGCAACAAGAACAACAAAAGUAGAAGUGGUAUUAGAAUGGCCCCCCUGCGUGUGCUGUUUGAUGUGAUUGAAUUACCUUCAUUUAAAAUGUCGAACAUAACUCAAUUUUAUAUCUAUUAAACAAACAUGUUUCUAAGGUUUACACUGUCACUUGUACGUGUUUGGCUGGAUUAAGCUUUGUUGUGAUUGUGACAAAUAAGCCAUUUGACUUCUGUCUUAAUAUAUUGUCAGUUUAGUUGUAAUAAAUGUCCAUUUUUACGCCCUU